AUGUUCCCAGAGAACAUUAUUCAAGCAACAUUCCAACAAGUCCAGACGUACUACGUCCCUUGGAAACCAAAGCAUCCACGUAUUAAUGGGACAAGCAACGCGUCUGAAGUGGUCUUUCACAAACCACAGCUCACCUACACCAACGAAAUGAAUGUCCUAGGUGCUAUCCCUAUUGGAAUCUUAUCGCUUGUCUGUAAAAAUAUUGUUGACAUUGACAACCUUACUGAAACGGCUCAAGCACUCGCAAUGUAUGUUGUAACGGUGAUCUGUGGCCUAAUGAUUCACUCACUGCUCACUCUUCCACUUCUGUACUUCAUUGUGACAAGGAAAAGUCCUUUCGCCUACAUGACGGGAAUGCUUCAAGCCUUGGCGACAGCUUUCGGAACGGCUUCGAGUACUGCCACUCUGCCGGUGACAUUUCGAGCUUUGGAGGAGAACCUGAAGAUUGAUCGGAGAGUAACACGAUUCGUGCUCCCUCUGGGCGCCACAAUCACUAUGGACGGCACAGCACUCUACGAAGCUGUCGCAGUCAUUUUUAUUGCUCAACUUCACAACGUCAAACUCACUUUGCUUGAAUUAUUAACUAUUAGUGUCACAACAACCGUGGCGUCUAUCGGUUCUGGUUCAGUGCCAGCUGGUUUGGACACCAUCGUUAUCGUGCUGACUACAGUUGGACUUCCAGCAAAAGAUCUCAGCUUACUGCUUACCGUCGACUGGCUGCUUGAUCGAAUUCGAACUUCGGUGAAUGUGUUGGGUGACGGAUUUGGUGCCGGAAUCAUUCAUCACCUUACCAAAAACAGCUUGGUAGAAGCAGACACCGACGAGUUGAUUCGGCAAAUCAGAGAGGACAUACGUCGUUUAGAUCAGCUCAACAAUCCCAACGCUCUGCCAGUUGACAAUGCUCAUCCGAGCGACCAGAUCUCACUGCACAGUCAAACGGCGAUUCCAAUGCAGAGGAGCCCAGGGAAAAAGUCUCCCUCUACGCCAUACUUGACCCUAAUGAAGGGACCCGCUGAAGCCUUUGAAGGUACUGGAGAAGGUGCGCCUCCAUUGAAAAGUGUUACCACCACAAGUCUACCAAGUCAUUUGGGAAAGCGAGCUCUUUCGCUAUUUUAA